UCCAGUCGAAAGUGAAAACAGACGGCCGCCACCGACUCGUGUGUCAUGGUGAAACCGUCAGCCACAGCCGUUAACGACGACAGUCACGGGCCUAUCUAACAGCAACUGCAGCACUGGCAUCCUCGCCCGCCCAGACCCUCCCCCCGCCCCUGCCCCCUGCCCUGCCUUUGGACUGAGGUUCUUCCCUCCACCCCGCUGCCCUCGCCACAGACUCACAGCAUCAUGGUGGAUGUAACCAAAUGGCCCCUUUUCAAUCUGAUGGGGCCUCAGGAGCUCUCCACCAUACGGAAAGCAUGCGUGUUUGGAACGUCAGCUAAUGAGGCCAUCUACAUCACUAAUGACGAUGAGGUGUAUGUGUUCGGAUUGAACUGCAGUAACUGCCUGGGAACAGGGGACAGCCAGAGCACCAUUGUACCCAAGAAGCUGGACUUCCUGAGUGGGAGGAAGGUGGUCAGCCUGAGCUACGGCAGCGGACCCCACAUCCUGCUGGCCACAGAAGACGGAGAGCUAUUUGCAUGGGGACAUAACGGCUACAGCCAACUGGGAAAUGGAACAACCAACCAAGGAGUUGCUCCAGUGCUUGUCUCUGUCAACCUGCUCAAUAAGAAGGUCACAGAGGUGGCCUGUGGUUCUCACCACUCAAUGGCUCUGACUGACUCAGGAGAAGUGUAUGCAUGGGGCUACAACAACUGUGGUCAGGUGGGCUCAGGCUCCACAGCGAACCAGCCCACACCCCGCAGAGUGUCCAGCUGCCUGCAGAACAAAGUGGUCGUUGGUAUCGUCUGUGGUCAGACCUCAUCUCUGGCAGUGGUGGACAACGGAGAGGUGUACGGUUGGGGCUAUAAUGGGAAUGGACAACUUGGACUUGGAAAUAAUGGGAACCAGCUCACUCCCUGCCGACUUGUGGGUCUGCAAGGUUUAUGUGUGCAACAGAUUGUCUCAGGCUAUGCCCACUCCUUGGCACUAACAGAUGAGGGGUUGCUCUACGCCUGGGGUGCCAACACGUAUGGACAACUGGGCACCGGUAACAAGAGCAACCAGCUGAGCCCAGUUCAGAUCAUGACUGAGAAAGAGAGAAUUGUCGAGAUCGCCGCCUGUCACUCCACUCAUACAUCGGCUGCAAAGACUCAGAGUGGUCAGGUGUACAUGUGGGGCCAGUGCAGGGGCCAGUCCAUUGUGCUGCCUCACCUCACGCACUUUACCUGCACCGACGAUGUCUUUGCAUGCUUCGCCACCCCCUCAGUCAUGUGGAGGCUUCUUUCCAUGGAGCAUGAUGACUUCUUGACCGUGGCUCAGUCUCUGAAGAAGGAGUUUGACAACCCAGAGACAGCUGACCUCAAGUUCUGCAUCGAUGGCAAAUAUAUCUAUGUCCACAAAGCCGUUCUCAAAAUCAGGUGUGAACACUUCAGAUCCAUGUUCCAGUCCCACUGGAAUGAAGACAUGAAGGAGGUGAUUGAAAUAGACCAGUUCUCCUACCCGGUCUACCGCUCCUUCCUCGAGUUCCUCUACACAGAUAACGUGGAGUUACCUCCUGAAGAUGCUAUUGGGCUGCUGGAUCUGGCAACUUCGUAUUGUGAGAACCGCCUGAAAAGACUUUGUCAACACAUAAUCAAGAGGGGAAUCACUGUUGAAAACGCCUUCUCCCUGCUGUCGGCUGCUGUGCGCUAUGAUGCAGAGGACCUCGAGGAGUUCUGCUUUAAGUUCUGCGUGAAUCACCUGACUGAGGUGACCCAGACUGCUGCUUUCUGGCAGAUUGACGGCAACUUGCUCAAAGAUUUCAUAUGUCGAGCCAGCCGCUGUGGAGCCUUCAAAAACUGACCUCAACCCCAAGGUAAUGAUGGGAACUGACGCAGAGGAUGCUGUGGGACUCUGUGGGAGUAAAUUCUCAAAAGAUGUCAUCACCCCCAGUCGGCUGCAUGUACCUUCACUGACAGGUGGUCACACAGUGGAAAUCUUUAGAUUAUCACUGUCGAAUCUGUUAUUUAGCUCAUUCCGGACUAGAACCUGUUUGUUCAUUACAUGAGCUGUACGGACUGAGAUUACAAGACACAGCUGACAGGUAGCAGCAUCAUUUCAGAGUGCAGUGAUGGUAGUUGUUUGCCGCAGUGCCUGACUGCCUAUUAAUUUACACAUAUUGUGUAAAGGAGGAUACUAUUGCUUGAUCAAGUUGUUUCUUUUUAACUUAAAAGGUUUUUGCCAGUCGCCUAUUCACACUUUACUUUUCUAUUUUUUUGUUUAAUUGACCAAGUUACUCCCUCAGUCUUUGCACUUGUAUUCUUAAUAUGAUUUUGUUCCACUUAACUAGAAGACCAUAUUGUAGUUUGGAUGUGGCAUCUGGAUUCAUGGGUUUCAGGCUGAGGUAUGAGACUCUGUGCACUUGUAGUUUUCAGGACAGAAUGAAUAUUUUGAAGACUGGACACUAACAUAAUGAGCAAACAGACUCAGGCAUCCAAGGCUCGAUUAAGUCUGUUUGGGUCAAACUCCAGUCAGUGAUUAUUAGUUCCAGUGACUUCCACAGCUGUGAUUCUAAGGUGUGAGCUUUUGUCCAGGUUGUAAGUUGACCCAAAGAUGGGAACUCAGGUUUUAAGUGAGAUUCAGAACAGAGUGAUUCAGUCUAAAACUGUGGAUUUCACUUUACAUUUGUGGAUUGCAUAGGUUGGAAAGUUGUUAUUGUGCAUCUACAGCAUAGCAUAUAUUAAGCUUAUUUAGUUUGUCAGUUUUUAAACGCACAAAACAGAUAACUGGCAGUGAAACUGCCUGGUUGCACAGCCAGACAAAGGUAUGGAGCCACUAAGAUUCAGUUUAAGGCAUGUAGCCUUGCAGAGGCCUGGGCUGAGUGGGCCUGGACGUAGAUUUUGAAGGACACUUGUGCAUCUGCAUGACAUACCUGCUGGAUGUUGAAAACAAGAUUUUACAAUAUUAACAUUAAUAAAGUUGUUUAGUGAGAUCUACACUACUGCCGUGAGUAUUUUGAAGAACAUAUUUGCUAUUUACUUUGCAGGACAUUUCUACUUUAAAAUCGAUAAUAAUGUUUUAUUGAUAUGAAGUGCCAGUUACAUUUUGUGACCUCUACAAACAAAUGAAUAAAAACACUCUGAUCUGCUUGUGUUUUCUGUAAACAAGUGUUUUUCAGUAUUCAAAAAAUGUAUUGCAAUAAACCAAAUUGGAAAAGGU